CCGCAGACGCAUUUCUCUCCAGAGCCCCCCCUCUCCGGUUUUCACUCUCUCUCACCCUGUCUAACUCCCUCCAUCUCUCUCCCACUCUCUCCUUUACACACUCUCAGUAUUGUCAACAAAGCUGGAGAACAAGGGACGUUGGGGGGAAACAGGGGAAUGAAGGUCCACAGAGGAGGAGAGUGACACGCAGGACACCCCCGCAUCAUUUCACCUGGACGCUCGGAGCAAGGAUUGGAGGAUUGAAGGAGGCAGAAAGGAGCCAAGGUGACAGUAAACAGGGCGAACGCACACAGGACGGGAUUUGCUUUUAUUUCUUCUUCAUGGUGGUUCGGACGCUCGUAGUAUGUAUGAGAAGUUAACCAUGCUGAACCUGCAGAGCGGCUCGAACUGGAGCGGGCCCAACAACUGGUACCAUGACCCCACCGGCGUUCAGACGCAGCACAGCACAGUGUCUGAGGGCUGUCUGCUGGACACGGAGGGCAGCAUGGGGGGUGAGGCCGGGGGAGGAGGAGCGGGCCGAGGGGGAGGAGUGCCCGUGGAGCGGGACGAGGGCGAGGAGUCUCAGCUGAGGCUGCAGCUCAAGAGGAAGCUGCAGAGGAACAGGACCAGCUUCACACAGGAGCAGAUCGAGGCUUUGGAGAAAGAGUUUGAAAGGACACAUUAUCCAGAUGUGUUUGCGAGGGAGAGACUGGCGAACAAGAUUGAUUUACCUGAGGCCAGGAUACAGGUGUGGUUUUCAAACCGAAGAGCCAAGUGGAGGAGGGAGGAGAAGCUGCGUAACCAAAGGAGGUCAGGCGGCGUGACUUCUUGUUCGCAGAGCCAGGCCCCUCUGAGCACUUCGUUCAACACAUCUGUGUAUCAUCAGCAGCACGGCAGCAGUUCAGGGUCCAUGUUGAGUCAGGCUGAGUCGUCCCUGCCCAGCUACAGCUCGCUGUCAGUUUUCUCAUCUGGAGUCCAGUCGAUUCCUCCUCAGUCGGCCUCCUCCUACUCCUGCAUGUUACCUCCAUCCCCCUCUGCACCUCGCAGCUUUGACUCCUCGGCGUACUCCUCCCCUCACCUGCAGACUCCGCCCUCCGCCAACUCCAACACAGGGCUCAUAUCGCCUGGAGUGUCAGUGCCAGUCCAGGUCCCAGGAACCGAGCCGCAGAGCAUGAGUCAGAACCUGGGUCAAUACUGGGCCAGAUUACAGUGAGCAACAGAUAAUCGCUGCCAGCCGGCGUAUUUAAAGAAGAAGGGGAAAAAAAGGGCAUGUGAAAAAAAAAAGAGUCAAGAAAACAGGUUUUAAGGAAGCACAGGGCUGAGCUACAGAGGGGCCUCGAUGGGUUGCAGAGCCCGAAAUGCAUUAAAUGUUUACAAAUCCAGCCAAGAGCAGCUUUGGUUGCACUUAACAGUACUCUGGUCAUACUGGUGUUGUCUUAGUAUUAUCAGGUCGCACUUUUGUUUUCUUCCUUUGGAUAGUGUGUUAAUCAUAGGGCUACAGUCAGGAUUAGGAAUAGGAUCCCUCUGAGAUGUGUUUAGGAUUAAAAUAGGAUUAGAAUCAGGCUGGAGUCAGGGUUUGAUAUCUGUGGGGAUGCAGCAAGUGGAACUUUUUCAUCAUGUAUAGUUGAGAAUUAGCAUUGAACCCUUUGUAAUUUAUUGUGCCACACAUUUUGGCUAUUAGUUGUAUAAAUUUAGUGAUUUAAAAAUCAAAAAGCACAGGAAUUGACUGGAUAUGUGUUUGCCUAAACAUCAAAACUACAGUAAGGGAUGUUUUGAGUUUCACAUUUUUUAAAACAUAUUUUACAGACGUUUUGGCUGUUAUUUUUAGAAUUUUCAUAAUUCAAAAACCCAAAAAACACACCCAAAUACAAGGAAAUGGACUGAAUGCAUGUCUGCUUAAAUGAGAAAACUCUAGUGGAGUUUCAGUUCUUUUUUAAUACAAAUUUUACAUACUUUUAGGCUUUUAUUUUUUUAAGUUUAAAUUUGAAACCCAACAACAACAAAAAAAAACUGGAUGAAAGACUGGAUACACGUCUGAGUCAACAUCAGAUUCGAGUAAGUGAAGUUUUGAAUUCAAUUUUUUUCCCACAAAUUUUACACAUAUGUUGACUUUUAUUUUUAGAAAUUUAAGUUAAAAUAUCAAAUAAUGGGAUAAAAAAACUGGAUAUUUUUCUGUCUAAACACCAAAACUCUAGUAAGGGAGUUUCAGUUUUUUUUUACUAUAAAUUUUUUACACAUUUUGCUUUUAUUUUUCUCAGUUUUAUGAUUCAAAAGCAAAGAAACCCCAUUGAAAAUAGGAAAAAAGACAGGAUACAUGUCUGUCUAAACAUCAGAACUCUAGUAGGUGAAAUUUUGAGUUUCAAUUCAUUCUUUUUUUUAAUUGACAUUUUAUCAAAGAUGUGAUAGAAGACUGUUGAUUACCUUCAGUCUCUCCCAAGUUAUUAUUAGACAUAAAUUAUAAACAGCUUCAUUAACUGCAGCUUUGAAAUUUUCAAAUGUCAAAAGUGAUUCUGUAGUACUGAGCGAAUGCCAGCAGAUGCCAGGUGUAUUGUGAAGUGUAACCACAGUUUCUUGUUACUUGAGCAGCUCAAUGAUAUUGUGAUAGCUAGCCUGUUCCCUGAGCAAAAGCUGUGUGAAGCUACUGUGAAGAUUUUAGACUUGCUUAUGGCAAUCACUUGUACUAAAACUAAAAAAAAACAACAAAAAACACACCAUAAAAAGUGUAAAUCCUGCCUCUCCUGCCAGCAACGUUACACUCAGACUGCAUAUUUUUGUACAGACAUCUGUGUAUGAUGAAGAAAACUGUGGAAUAUUGUCAGAUGUUACAGGAGGGAAGAAUGUAGCACGCUGUGGACUCAAAUCAUCCUGAAAGCACAAGAUUAAUUUGCCAGAGUAAAUUGUUAGGGAUGCUCCGUGAAACAUAAAAUUAAUAUAAAUAUUAAGAAAAUGUCACAGAUUUACAGGUGUUAGAAAAAAAAUCAUGUUUUUUUAAAGGUUUUCUCUUUAUUUUGUAUAUAUGUGGACAUCAUUUUUUUACUAGUUAAUCAAAAAAACAAGUAAUUGCACAGCAGAAUUAGCAGUGAUACAUACUUGGAUGGGCGGGGUAUCUUUAUUUUAUUUUAUUUUGUACAUCACUAAUGACACAUAUCCAUCAGCCGGUGACAAUCAAGCAUCAUUACAGCAAAACAAAGCUGCCUUCAAAACGUCAAAUGCAAAACACUGGACAGAAAAUGACAAUCAAAGCUGGCGGUGGAGCAAAUCUAAAAGGAUAAACUGUGAAAUUACUGCAGCACUACAGCAGCAAAUGGCUUUAUCAACUGUGCAUGACCAAAAACAAGCCACUCUAGACAAUCAGCUACUCGCAGAAAACGAAGCAAGUAUUGUACAAAAGCUGUACUUUGCAGAGUUUGGAUCUCUGCUCACUUUUCCUCUGACUGUUGGUUCCGUUGAUGCAUCUCAUAAGAAAAUGUCUUUCAGCUCUUAUUUAUUUGUCUUUUCACUCGUUCACGAGUCCUUUGUGUUGUUUUGGUUGUUGUCGCGUGUUGUGUUAGUACUGUAUAGCUACCAAGAGUCAACCCUUUUGUGAAGGCCUUGGAUCCCUUUAAUGAAAAUAAAACUGUGUGUAAUGAAUAUGAAUGAA